AUGAAAAGACAAAAGCACAAGAAGCUCAAGAGAGAUCUGAAGUCCAGUGAGAAUCUCCUCUCUUUCGAUUACUUGGAACGCACCUUAGACGAGGCUUACUAUCCUGGUCUCUCUCAUGAAGCUCUGAAAACACGCAAUGAUGACCAAGUGGUCUCGCACAGUAAAGACGACUUUGACUCCUUUGAUAAGCGAGAGAGUGGCUCCAAAAGAACGGAUGGAAAAGCGUUCAUUCUCAUGGUGCCGCAGCUCUGGCUCUACAAGUUGGGUAAUGUCGUCAUAUCUGCAUACAGUAUGCCUCAGGGAACUCAGUACGCAUUCAAUGGGGAACGGCGUGAGCUUCGGUACCGUGACAGAAACCUGAAAGCGGUACUCGCGGAUAUCCACAUCGGCUUGAUCAUCACUAGCUUCAUCGAUAGGUUUGGUAAGAGCUACUGGGAUAAUGAUGAUGGCACCAGUUAUCCGCCUCCACUGGAUCUUUUUGAAACAAGAGUGGUUCAGCUUCUGUCAGAAGUAAGAAAGUACAUCGAACAGCCUUCUGGGGGAAAGUCGAGUUCCAAUGGACUUGAAUACCGCCGGGAGCGAUACUUCAUACACGUCAUAUCCGAUGUGCGUAGCGAGCUUGCUAUGAUACAGCACGUUCUCGAGCAACAGGAGCGCGUCUUGAAGCAGUUUCUCAAAGAUUGCGUACCUACAACAAGCGAAAAACAGCAAUCACUAGAUUGGGCACCAAUCGAAGCUUCCCAAGAAACCAUCCAACAGUACAUGAGAAGAGUAAAGAAGAUCGAUGGCGAUGCAGACAGAAUUGAGAAGAGCAUACAGGAUAUGCUCAACUUGAAGCGCACACACGCUAGUAUCAGUGAUGCGCACAGCAGUCUCAUCCUGAGUACUGCUGUUAUCGGCUUUACUGUCAUUACGAUCGUCUUCACGCCACUCGCAUUUCUCACAGCACUCUUCGCUCUCAAGAUUGACGGAUUCGAGAGACUUCAAAUCUCCGGUAGAGAUGGCGUUUUCCAUAGCGGCAAGAUUGGCGGCAUAUUCAUGAGCACUGAGAUUAUGACGCUAGUUUUGACAGGCAUCGCAGUAUGGCUAGCAUUCAAGUACAUAAAUCGCGACCAAGAACGCUCUCGGAAGGAAGAGGCAAUUGCUUGGCUGAAAGGCUUCAUCACGAGGCAUGUUGGUGCCGUGAUCUGGCUCAUAACCCUCAUAGUCUGGGCGAAAGACUCAAGUGGAAAGACGCGCGCAAAGGUCUCGGAUCCGGAAAGUUUCGACCCGCGAACUUCACUACACACAUCGCAGCUACAAGACGAAGAUGAAGCCAUGUCGAUUCGCAGUAUGAGUACUGCGUCCUGGCUUCCGUUCUAUCUUAGAGCCCGCUCGAGACGUCGUGACCACAGGAACUUCGCUACGAUGUUCAGCCAACAAUCACCAGGGCAGGACGAGCUUCCGGGAUCAACUACAAGUUCCACGGAAUAG